UUCAGAACAUCUAGGAAUUGCAUUUACUCCAUGCUGUGACGACCACGACGAAUUGUGACGAUUGAUGAGUACAACCCUGCGAUCUCUCAGCGACGAUUCGACGAGAUGCCUUUUUCCUCCUCUUCCUCCUCUUCCCCGCCCGAAGCAUCCACCACCCCGCUCGCCGACUACUUCUGGAUUGCUGGUGUCGAUGGUACAGAGGUCUUGGAAACCUAUCGCAAAUUAGGGGAUGAGUACCGUGCCAACAAUGCCACUUCGCCGGGCCCCGCCGUCACAGAUACCAUUGAGGAAGAUGCCGAUGCCGAGGAGGAUUCCCAUCUGGACAGUCUCUCCCGUCCCAUCUCCAUGGCGGGCAACCGUACCUCCUUCCAGCGCUUCUCCAUGCGCUCGGUCGAUCCCGAACCCAACGAGAAUGGCACCCACAGCAACCGCAGCAGUAUGACAAUCAAGGGUGCCCCUUCUCCCCGGGGCUCCUCCUUUCUCGAAGACUUCGACUUUGACAAAGCGCUGUUCAAGUUCGCGUCGGAGAGGGAAUCGUUUCUGUCGGAUCUCAAUGUCAGCGCGGGCGCAAUCACCCCCUCGACUCGUCCCAGAUCCAGAUUACGCACCCAGAAGAUCGUCUCCGAGGAGACCCCACAGCCUGCGGGCCUGCUCCGGUCUAGCAUAGGUAGUGUGCGGCGACACAUGGCAUUCCGCGAUAUGAACAGUAUGAAGAGGCAACCGUCGAUUGCUCGUCAAGCAUCUAUCCGUACCUCGCGACGUUUGAGUAACUACAACUCCGUGAUACCUGUCCCGCAACCGCUCGAAAUCUCCCCCACCAUGCACCCCCUAAAGCGGAGGUUCGAGCCCGUCCUGCUCGACCGGUAUCCGACAAAGGGCAUGUCCGACGAACUGAAGCUGCGAGGAAAUUUCCCGGACUAUGUACCCAUGUUUGCUUUUCCGAACGACAUCAACAUUGUCUCGUCGGACCAAAGGCCGCGAUCCACUUGGCACGGCUUCGUUAUGACUACUGAUAACGGCUCACGCUUGCACGCCAUCUGUCUCAUCAUCUGGAUCCCGCUCAACCAGCGAGCGGCCGAAGAACUUGAGAAGCGUUGCGAGGAGUGGCGGAAAGACAACAUGACCGAUGAAGAGAGGGAGUUGGCGGCAAGUCUGGGUGAGAGGCUGGCAAGUGAGCGAGCUAAACUUUCUAGGCUUCUCGCUCAGCUACCCACCGUGCCUUCAGGGUCAGAGUCGCGAGAGCAGCUGGAAGAUGAGAUCAGUGCCGUAGAAGAGAAGAUCACCUUGAUGACUGAUCUCUUGCGGCCAGUCCGUCACGGUGCAGCGUCGAAGAUCGAGGGUUUGACAGAUGGGGAUACUGGAUUCUGGAUUCCCCGCGCCUACGGUAUCCUGGGCCGAGAGGAAAAUAUGACCAGCUUCUGGAAGGAAUGGCUGAAGGCUGUUGUUGUUCCAAUGACGGACGGCAGCCUCCAGCGGAUUCCCCCAAGCUCCCCACGCAUGGGCAUCUGGCAACCCCUGGAGCGAUAUGUGAUGAACUUGUGUACCGAGGCAUUCAGUCCCAACUCGUCCAAGACGCAGGUGGAGCUUGCGGUGCGUGAGCUGCGUCUUUUUGCUCGCAAGGAGGCCGCCAAUGAGCUGCCGGGCUCUCGGAACACCGACCUCUAUGCGCUCUUCCGGGCCCUGUCGUUACAGAACAUCAUGAUCUUGUUCGAAUACGCUCUCACGGAGUCGCGCAUUAUUCUCUUGUCAUCCCACACAUCGAUGCUGUACCUGGCGACCAAGGCCAUCGUUGACCUGUUGUUCCCACUGCAGUGGGCCGGUGUGCUUAUCCCUAUCCUGCCCGCACGACUCAUCCAGGCUCUGGAAGCCCCUUGUCCCUACAUUGUAGGUAUUGAGCGUCGUUAUGAGAAGGUCGAGCUUCCGUCAGAUGACUUUGUGUUGGUCGACCUGGAUGCCGACCUUAUCGAAAGCACUGUUCAACCAACUCCUCUCCCUCGUCAUCAGCGCAGAAAGCUACUUUCCUUGCUCCAGCUGGCUGCUCCUCAUCACAGUCGGUGCGGAGUACCCACUGGGCCACCGGCAUAUGCCGUGGAAACAUACCCCUUCGAUUCAUUCAUGUCGGAGAAUUCCUCUAUUUUCUCGUCCAAGGCUCAGUCUACUCAGUUGGCGAAGUACGUCAGUCUCAACUCGAGCGCUUUCGGGGCCACUUCUGUAACCCCAAAUACCCAGCCCCCACUCAUCUUCAACGCCUACCUGCAUGCUCGCUAUGAGCAGGCUGCUUCAAGGGGGUAUUCGUCCAAGGGUCUAGACCGACCGGGAACUGGCUCCACGCAUAAGACUGGCUCCCCGCCGUCUCCCAGAGACAUCUCGCCCACGUCCGGCCAUUUCCCGUCGGUCUCCGGCUCCCGUGCUGAUUCCGGUACGACAUUGCAGGCAUCGCUGCGCGAGAAACGUUCCGGCCACUUUGAUGCAGCAUCUCGGCGUAGCUCCUCAUUCGGGAUGGACAUGCGUACCGGUGUUCCACGCCGGCCGAGUGCUCCCUUCCUCGGCCACGCACCCAAUCUGUCUGUAACCACGUUGAACACCGACUAUAACCCGGGUUCCACUUACGCACCUUCGGUGUAUGCACAGUCCACAGUCGCUGCGUCGACGAUAGUGCCCCAGGCCUCCGCGCAGCCCAUUCACAACGCAGAGGGUACCUGCUGGGUGGAGGGACAUUGCUUGCAAGUACAGCCGUGGGACGACAAGGCCACCUGUGCAAUUUGCGAUGACCAGGCAGAAGAAAACAUGUACAAGUGUACCGCCUGUAAGACAGUGGUGCACAACCGGUGCGCCCUCCAGAUAUGCCUUGUGUGUCCGGCCGCCUUCCACCCCGAGCAAGUUCGCGCUGCGUUUGUCCGAUGCUUUGCCAGCCUGUUCUACACAUACAAGAAGUUCCUUCAGCCCGCCACUGGUGACAAAAAGAAAGCUGGGUUGACAUACAACUUCAACAUGGAAGCCUUCAUGAAGAGCCUGCCCGGGGAGCAUGCGGAAUAUAUUGCUGUCCUGCAACAGACACAAGGCUUUAACGAGUUCAUCAGCGAACGGGAGAGAGCGAAUCCCAAGUCGCGAGACCCUCGGAUGACCCUAUUUGAUGAGAUCAUUCUGUCCAAGCGCAAUCGGGGCCGAUCCUCUAUUUUCUCCGGUCGUAGUAUGACCGAUUUCCUAUCUGACACGUCAAACCACCUCUGGAGAACCGCGAGCGCCACAUCCUUUGGAGGGGGUAGUAGGAGCCAGAACACCAUGUCCGGGGACUAUAGCCGGCUAGUCUCACGAGGUUUGUGACCCGUCCUUUGCCUCUUGUGUCUCGAGCUAACCAAAGCAUCAAAUG